UCACACCAGGCAGAGCACUUCCAGCUCAUCAGCCAGGAACCUCGUGUGGCUGCCAGAAAAACCAGCAGUGCAUGGGAAGAGAUCUGGCUCAUAUACAUGCCCCCGAUAGCCCGUAGGCAGUUCACGCACAUCGAUACCCUGACAGCAGAAGCGCAUGUCGGCAGAAAAACGCAUGUCGGUCUCGGAAUAACCCAGACACAGAAACGAGAACUUUGUAUACCCCUGACUGCCCUCGAUACUGAUGUUCCCACAAAUUUCCCCUGCCCCUUCACUGCCGGCUACAUACACGUGCGCCUGAGGUACCUCGACCUUCGUGGGCGUGUCGAAGUUGCCGGCGAGGCAGAAUUGCCACCCACCGCACUCGUACCUGUUGUAGAGCAUCGGAGCAUCUGGCAGCUUGAUGCCCUCGCUGAUGUAGGCGCCGAAGACGUACUGAUUCUUGCGCACGACGAACACGAGGCCCUUGGUGCUGCCCACGCACCGAAGUAGAUCGCCAUACGACGGGCCAUCGUGUGUGGAGCUGAAAGGGAAACACACAAGGAGAGAGAGAUUAGGCUGGCGGUGGGCCGAGGGGGCGGGGGGUGAAUGUGCAUACCGGUAGAGCAGCCGAAGCCGUUUGUUGGGCGUCCCGACCCACUGGCAGAUGAACAUCUCGUACACCCUGGCCACCGUGCUGCCAUCUACCGCCGUCUGCGCAACACACACACACACACACACGCACACAAAGGGACACAUGACAAACACGAUGUACGCGAGUUCAGGACAAGGCAGGUCGCUCACCGUCAGCUGGGCGUGCAGUCGGAGGCGCAU